ACAUCUCCAAAUGAGGAAUUUGGAGUUUUUGACACCGAAUGUCGGCUCGUAUCAAUUCCACCGCGGUUGAGGAGGAGAGAGAAAGAGAGAGAAAGAAAAUCCCAACAUCAAAAAUUGAGGGGACUACGACACUCGACACUGUCUCUCCCCUCUUUUUUCUCCCACCGUAUAUCCCUGCAAAUCUCCCCCCUUCUUUUCUCUUCUUUCACAUUUCUCUUCUUCUUCUUCCUCUUUUCUUUUCUUUUCUUACAUUUAUUUCUUCCACUUUCUCUCUCCUCCCCCGCAUUCUCCGGUCACCGGAGAAUCUUACAUUCACCUUCAUUUUCUCUCGGAUCCGGUCUGCAUUUCUGAAGAUCCAAUUUGGAUUUUGGGUCCAUCAUUUUCUUCUUUUUUCUAGGGUUCUGAGAUCUCUUUUUUGUUCGGUAAUGUGUUGUUGAUCAUUUCUCUUUUUAUUUUUAUUUUUAUUUUUUGUUUUCAUGAAAGUUUGAAAUUCUGGGUGUUUUGAAUUUUGAUGUUUUGGAUAUUGGUCUAUUCUGGGUAAGUUUCGGAUUUUGAUUUGGUGGAUUGUCUUUCUGGGGUUGGUUGGAUUUUCCAAUUUUGGGGUUUUACACGGAUCUUUUUAUACUAUAGGUUGAUUCAAUCGGAAAAACUGUUUCCAAUUAUAUACAGCAUUGAUUAGGAAAACGCAAGACAUUUUUAGGGAAUUUGUUGUUUGGCCUUGGUAUUGGCAUUGGUGCUGCUGCUGUUGUUGUUAUUCUAUUGGGGGGUUUGAGGUUGGGAUGAGAGGAAAGAGAGGAGGAAUAUGUGUAAGAUAGAGAGUAGUAGUAGCUGUUGUAGUGAGGAGAAGGAAAGCAGGAGAAGAAGGAGGUGGUGGGGGAUUGGGAUUGGGUUUGAUAUGGGGGUUAAAAUUGUAGUUAGUGAUGAGAAGAAGGAGAAAUCCAAGGUCUCGAAUAAGUCGAAGAUGAAGGUAUGGAUGGUUCGAGCUACAUCAUCAGUUUUGCUAUGGACUUGUAUUGUCAAUUUGACCAAUUUGACCACUUAUGGGGAGGUUUGGGGGCCUAGAGUCUUGAAGGGUUGGCCCUCUUGUUUUACUCAGGAAUCUGCUUAUCUCAAGUUGCCGUCUUCUGUUUCAACCCCACCUCGUGUUCUUCCUCCUAAAAGAGUUUAUAAGAACAAUGGUUACCUGAUGGUUUCGUGCAAUGGAGGACUUAAUCAAAUGAGAUCAGCAAUAUGUGACAUGGUGACCAUUGCUAGAUACCUUAAUGUCACUCUUAUAGUUCCAGAGCUGGAUAAAACGUCCUUCUGGGCUGAUCCUAGUGAGUUUCAAGACAUAUUUGAUGUGGAUCAUUUUAUUUCAUCCUUGAGAGAUGAAGUUAGGAUUCUGAAGGAGCUUCCCCCUAGGCUCAAGAAAAGACUGGAGCUAGGAAAAGUUCAUACUAUGGCUCCUGUUAGCUGGUCUGAUAUAUCAUAUUACAACUACCAGAUUCUUCCUUUGAUACAAAAGUACAAGAUUUUGCAUUUAAACAGAACAGAUGCCCGGCUUGCCAAUAAUGGUCAACCGAUGGAAAUUCAAAAGCUUAGAUGUCGGGUUAAUUUCAAUGGCUUGAGAUUUACUCCACAGAUUGAGGAGCUCGGAAAAAGGGUUGUCAAGCUGCUGCGUCAAAAUGGUCCUUUCCUUGUUCUUCAUUUGCGAUAUGAAAUGGACAUGUUAGCAUUUUCUGGCUGUUCCCAGGGUUGCAAUACUGAGGAGGUGAAUGAAUUGACCAGAAUGAGAUAUGCUUACCCAUGGUGGAAAGAGAAAAUUAUAAAUUCUGACUUGAAAAGGAAAGAUGGACUCUGUCCACUGACGCCAGAGGAAACUGCUUUGGCACUUCGGGCUUUAGACAUAGACCCUAGUUAUCAGAUAUAUAUUGCAGCUGGUGAAAUAUAUGGUGGCGAUAGGAGGAUGGCUAGUCUUGCUGAGGCUUACCCAAAGCUGGUGAGGAAAGAGACACUAUUGAAUCCUGCAGACUUGAGAUUUUUUCAGAAUCACUCGUCUCAGAUGGCUGCAUUAGAUUAUCUUGUUUCACUGGAGAGUGAUAUCUUCGUUCCUACUUAUGAUGGAAAUAUGGCCAAAGUUGUCGAAGGACAUCGCAGGUACCUUGGGUACAAAAGGACUAUAUUGUUGGACAGAAGGUUGUUAGUUGAUUUGAUAGAUAAAUAUACUGUUGGGUCAUUAAGUUGGGAUGAGUUCUCAACUGCUGUUAAGGAAACUCAUGCACAUCGCAGUGGACAACCAACAAAAAGGUUGAUAAUACCUGACAGACCGAAAGAGGAAGACUAUUUCUACUCAAAUCCUCAGGAGUGUCUCGAAUCCGAUGAAUCCUUAAGUAGCAGCAUGUGAUCUAUCUAAAUGCCUGGAGAAGAAGAUUGAUACCUUUGUUGUAUUCUUCUAUGAUGGCUAAAAUUCAGGUAAAAGAAAACUUACAAUGCUACGCUUUAACAUGGAAUGGCAUUGUUUUGGCCGCCCUCUCAAGAGGAUUAUGGUUGUUGCUUUAGGCGUACAUAUAUCUAUUUGGGGCGGACAUUUUUGAGUAAAACAAUAUCGAGGAAUUUGUCGAGAGCUAGAGAAGAUAGUCCUGAAGGGAGCAUAGUAUGAUGUUGGUAGAUGUUAAUAACUGAAAUCCUUGUAUAGAAACACACCCUGACCAUUACUGGGGUGAAGUUAGAUGCAUCUACCUUGUACAUGGAAUGACUUAUUGCCACAUAAAAAUUUGUUUGAUUAAAUUCUUGGGAGUUUUGAGGUAGAUUUACUACCCCACCAUUUCCUUCAUAUUUUUGUAUUUCUUUUUUCUUUAGGACUAUAUAUAUAAUAUAUCUACUCUACUGAUCCUAUUCAUGUUACAUUUAAUAGUUCAUUAAGAUCUUUAUUAUUCCAUUAUUGUUC